GGGACCAACAAGGUGCGUGGUCACGUGACAGAAAGGCGGGAGCACGUUGUUGCACUGAAGCCGGCCAUUUUGCGAGAUAAGGGUUGCUUUUGGGUGGAUUUUUACCGUUUCGUGGAUUGAUCGUAAGUUGAGAGACGACAAUCAUGGCGUCGAGGACAAAGAAAACCACUACUACCACAUACUCCAGCCGAUCCGACUCUGGGAUCGAGUCGCCGGGCUCCAGCGCGACCUCGCCUCGCCGGCAAAGGCCUCCAUCACCGGCAAGGAGGGUUCGUUUGCAGGAGAAAGAAGAGCUUAUGAACUUGAAUGACCGUUUGGCAGCCUAUAUCGAUAAAGUACGCCAUUUGGAGACGGAAAAUACUCGGUUGUAUACACAAGUGCGAUCCACUGAAGAAGUUGUGAAACGGGAGGUGACGAAUGUUAAGUCACUGUACGAAAGCGAGUUAGCUGAUGCAAGGAAACUAUUAGACGAUACCGCUAAGGAAAAGGCUCGUUUACAAAUUGAAUUGAACAGAUAUAAGGAAUCUAGCGACGACUGGCAGUCGAAAUACUACAAGCGAGACCGUGAAGCACAGAGCCUAGAGAAGAAGAUUGCUGGUUUUGAGGCCACAAUAAUCGACCUGCAACAACGUCUUUCAGAUGCUGAGAGCAAGAAGAAGCCACUAGAGAAAGAAAAUGCUAAUCUACGAGCAGAGAAUGCUGCGCUGCAGAAACAAUUGGAUAAACUCAAGGCUCAGUUGGAGGAGGAAACACUUCUACGGGUCGACCUUGAGAACAGAGUUCAGAGUCUCAAGGAAGAUAUUGCCUUCAAAUCUCAGGUCUAUGAAAAGGAGCUUGAUGAGAGCCGAACCCGCACGACUGUGGAGCUUGAGGAGGUGGAUGGCCGUCUGCAGGCGGAGUACGAGGACCGACUGGCCGAGGCCCUGCGUGACAUGAGGGCACAACAUGAGCAUGACCUGCACCAGGUCAAGGUGGAACUGGAGGUUCUCUAUGAGAACAAGCUGGCAGAUCUUCAGAACCAGGUGGACCGCAGUGGGUCAUCAGCGGGCAACGCCUGGGAUGAACUCCGGACUACCCGCAAGAAGUACGAUGAUUUGUCAUCGGAGGUAGCAAGACUACGCUCUGAGAAUGCUUCGUAUGGGGGACGCAUCUCAGAGCUGGAAGAGCGUAUGCGUCGUGAGCGUGAUGAGUUCCUCAUCCGACUGGAGCAGAAGGAUGCUGAGAUUGCAGAAUUGAGGCAGAACCUGGACGACCAGGCCAUGGAGUACGCUGACCUCCUGGAGAUCAAGAUCCGGCUUGACCGGGAGAUCGACGCCUACAGGAAGCUGCUGGAAGGGGAGGAGGCCAGAUUGAACCUGUCCCAGUCAGCCACGGAGGGAACCCCACGGAAGACUCCCAAGUUCUCCCAGGUGUCGCGCGGCGCCAAGAGGAAGCGAGUGACGUUGUCCGAGGCAGUGGAGGAAUACUCCCAGCAGGCCAGCAGCAGCGGUUUCUCCACACAGACCUCGGCCAAGGGAGCCAUCGAGAUCAAGGAGGUCAACCAAGAUGGCAACUACAUCAGGCUCACCAACAAGUCGGCCAAGGCCGUAAACAUUGGCGGGUGGCAGUUAAAACACACGGCAGGGGAUGACGAGACAGUCUACAAGUUCCAUCGCAACGUCUCCGCCAAGCCAGGCCAGGAUGUCACGGUAUGGAGCUCUGACACCGAAACCACACAUGACCCUCCAAGUGACCUUGUGAUGAAAGGUCAGCGCUGGUUCAUCUCGGACACCAUGAAAACAGUAAUUGUCAGCAAACAAGAGGAAGUGGCAUCAUGUGACAUGACCAAGUCCACCAUGAGUAGCAGCAGCUCGUACCGAUCAAGUUCCAGCCGCCCCUCCGGGGAGCUACUUCAGUUUGAAGGGGAGGCAGAAGAUGGUCAAAAGGAAAAAUGUGCAAUCAUGUGAUCUAUCGUCAUGACAACAAUACAUCAUUAUGCAUAGUGAGAGAGGAUAAGGGACCCAAUACAUUAUUGGAGAAGAGCGAUAUCAUUAUUUCAGUUAUUUCUUGGAGAUUGUCUUUUAGUGUUUGGCUGUCUUCAUGUAGAGAAUAUAUCUACCGACAGCCAGGUACAGGACCGCCGUGAGGGGACAAUCUGGGUCAAUGUUGGACUCACUUUGAAGUAGAUUUUCAGAGCUCCAGAUAAGCUGCGUAUCUGCGUGAAAUACGCAUCAGAAAUGCAGAAAUACACAGUAAAAUUUAAUUCAUGCGUAUCAAAUACGCAACGAACAUUACAGAUACGCUACAAAAAUAAAACUUGUGCGUAUCAUCAAAAUAUUGUGAAAUAACCCUGCGUAUUCGAUUAGCAAAUCAGCAACUUAUUUUGAAAUUAUAAACGGGCAUUCCGUCAACCUUGCCAAACUCCACGAUGACAGUUACAUCAUGAUCAUUUGCCAUCACACUUUCUUGUGGAAGUAUCGUGGUAUUUUUGAGUCCUAUAAAGCUCUCGAACCCACACGACACCAGUUUGCAGGGACUAGAUGAAUAGUGUUUUUAAAUAUUUAACUUAAAUACCCACAUGUGUAAAAACUAGUGGGUAACAGAAAUUUGAAUACGCAGAUAGAAUUACUGAUACCCAAUGAUUUUAAAAUGCAUGGGUAAAAUACCCACAACACCAAAAGCUUAUCUGGAGCUCUGGAUUUUGUUAUUAAUCAAAUAUGAUAAUUUUCAAAUCGUUGUUAUCUCCAAGGGCAUUAAGGAUCAAGCUGUUCAUCCAUGAUAAUACAUUAUUGGUGCUCAUUUGAUACAAAACUUUACAUCUGGUUGAAUGGUGUUUAUUUUAAUUGUUGUUUAAUGACUUGUUGAUCCAAAUAAUGUUGGGUAAAUUUCAUUGAUCCAAUUUGUCCCCUCACGAGUGAGUAGAUGUUUUAGAUGUCUUAACCUAAGUUAUAUGUUAGCGUGUUAGUGUUGGGGUAAGUCUCAGUUGCUUCGAACGAUCAGAUCUAAAUCACUGCCAGAGUGACGAGAAUGAUUCGUGAUCUGAUCAUGGGAAAUAUGUACACACUUUUAAAAUGAAAUGCUUGACAUUUUCCGAAAUAUUCCUUGUGAAGUGAGAUCAGUAUGUAAGAGACAUAUGGCUGUUGAUAAGGUAGAUAGGGUGGCCAUGUUGUUGAAGUGUUUGCUGGCCGUGCUGAAGAACUGGGUUCAAUUCCCAAGGGAACUAAUGUCAGACCAUUUUGACGUAGCCUGCUGUGAUGUGGGUGCAUGAUAGCAAAGUGUUCAACCCAUGCGCACACAUCCUGUCAACAGUUUGAUAGCAAUGGAUUUAAAAUAUUUUAAAAAAUAGCUACUCAGCCGUUUCAAUGAUGAAUUAAGAAUUAAAAAGAUAUCUUCUGCAUUUUGAUUUAUGAUUCGAUGAGUCUGUUAUUCUAGCUAAGGCUGUUAUUGGAAUUUCUCAUUUUAUGUCUUUUCUUGUGCAUAUUCUCAUCAUCAUCUCCCUGGAGGCUGCCAUCUUUGAAAAUGACUAAGAAUGAUGAUUACAAAUAUUUGGUAUUGGCAGCCAUGCUAGUUAUGACGCUGUUUGAAAAUGGACGAAAAAAAUCUCAGGAAUACCAAGAACUUAAUUUGACAUUGUUACGUUCCAUAUUUUGUAUUUCCAUUUAGAAGAUAAAAAGCUACCCUGCUGAAUUAUGUAAUCGCUUAGGAAUCUAUUAAAGUAUACUAUUUAUAUCCUAUGUUAUGACUGUUCUGUGUUUUGUACUUUUAUUUCUUGCACACUUCAUCCUAGAUGAACCUGUUGAUGUUGUUUUAGAAGGCUCAAGCAAUACACUGAUGUUAUACAGUAAUUCACGUGCUACUUUCCACACAACUUGAUACAUAUAACACUACAUACUACUUAUAAUACAAUAAUUGAUGUUUUCUAUUUCUAGUAUAUCAAAGUAUAAGGAUAACUUAGUUUCAGAAGUAAAUUUUUGUUCUUUUAAGAAAAUACAAGUACACAAUCAAAGGCUGGACUUCAUGUGAGCCAAAAUGUCCAUCAGUACAAUUUGAAGACUAUUCAGAUUAUUAAGACAGUGUUUGAAAUAAAUAUCUACAGAAUGAAGCAUUUGUAUCGUUUUGCAAUCAGAAUGCAUCAGUGAAUUGGUUUAGCCUAAUUAGGUAAUCUGUUACCAUGGUUACAGCUUAAGUGUCGGUGCUUAGUGCACAAGCUGAAAGUUCUAUCUGACCUAAGAGCACAGCCUUCAGUGUGGUAUAUGUCAAGGUAGAGCUCAUGCAGGCAUUAUGGCAGUUAUUGGUUUAUUUAACUAUGGGUACAUUUUCUUCGUUUAUGGCCCCGUUUCACAAAGCAAUUUUAGUGCUACGACACACACAAGCCUUUAAGGUAAAGAAGUUACGUCCACCUAAGAUCGCUAUGUGGAAUGGGCCAGGUAUGCAUGUUGCUAUGAAUAAUUUGACAGAAAAUAUAUUUUAAACAUUGAGGGGGGUUAAAUGUCUUACGUUUAUAUGCAUUUAAGGUAAUUCAGGUAGAUGCUUUGCAUAAUAUGUAUUUGUUCUCUGCAAUGCUAUUGCUGGAACAUUUUAUGCAGCCUACCAUUCUCUGACAAAGGGAGGUAAUUCACAGUACCUGUGUAUUCUUGUAUGAAGGGGUGAUGGUUUAUAUGCUUGCCUAGUUUGUUCAGCUGCUACUCUGUGAUGAGUAAUGGUGUCACACAGACACCGUCCAAUUAGGAACUAGGAUCCCAUUGUAUGAAGACUGUAGUGUUGGUCUAGGUUCCUCAUGACAAGGUUAAUGAUUUACAAACAAUUUUCAACUACUGAGAUCUGAUCUCACUGAAUGGUUGUGGUGGAGAAAGUGUAUCUCCCUACUGAUGGCCAUUUUUGUUUUUGGUGAUCAAUAUAAGAAAUCUGAACACAUGUCAGCUGGGAAGUUCAAUAGGGCAUCCAUUUGCAAGAAAGUCACUAUUUACAUUUUUUUUCACAUCAGCUUAUGAAAAUUUACAUGCUUUUUCAUUUUUUUUACAAAUUUGAACACUUAAAGUUUUUACAACCAGCAUCUGGUUCAGAUUUUAUAUGUUUUUUUAAGAUUCACAAGCUCCAACGCCUUUUUAUCAAAACUACAUAGGUAUGGAGCCCCUUUAAGUGUUUGCUAUUUUUUUGUGUUUACUGCUUGUUCUCUAUAUGUUGUUAUUACAAGGCAUUCUGCUGCUAGUGUUAAACAAAUGGUUACUUGAGAAAGCAAUAUUGACAUGAAUGUCCCAUCUUUCAUGUGACCUUUAGUUUUCAAUUCUUGCCAGUACCUCUUUUCGUGUGUAGGAUAGUUUUGACAUGACCCUGCAUUGUUUCACUUCUAACAUUGGUCUUUCUUGUUGUGAGUUUUAUUCCCUUAGAUUUGCCAUUUUAUUAUGUGAAAACAUAUUCCAUAUGCUCGCCACCAUAAUAAUCAUUACAAAUCUAUUAUUUCAUGUCAUGCACAGAAUGUAUGUAGAUGCCUUUGAUAUAAAACUCAAACAUACUC